AUGCCUCCCUCUGCCCUGCCUCCCUCUGCCCUGCCUCCCUCUGCCCUGCCUCCCUCAUGCCUCCCUCUGCCCUGCCUCCCUCAUGCCUCCCUCUGCCCUGCCUCCCUCUGCUCUGCCUCCCUCUGCCCUGCCUCCCUCAUGCCUCCCUCUGCCCUGCCUCCCUCAUGCCUCCCUCUGCCCUGCCUCCCUCUGCUCUGCCUCCCUCUGCCCUGCCUCCCUCAUGCCUCCCUCUGCCCUGCCUCCCUCAUGCCUCCCUCUGCCCUGCCUCCCUCUGCCCUGCCUCCCUCUGCCCUGCCUCCCUCUGCUCUGCCUCCCUCUGCCCUGCCUCCCUCAUGCCUCCCUCCCUCUGCCUCCCUCUGCCCUGCCUCCCUCUGCCCUGCCUCCCUCAUGCCUCCCUCUGCCCUGCCUCCCUCAUGCCUCCCUCCUUCUGCCUCCCUCUGCUCGGCCUCCCUCUGCCCUGCCUCCCUCAUGCCUCCCUCUGCCCUGCCUCCCUCUGCCCUGCCUCCCUCUGCUCGGCCUCCCUCUGCCCUGCCUCCCUCUGCUCGGCCUCCCUCUGCCCUGCCUCCCUCUGCUCGGCCUCCCUCUGCUCUGCCUCCCUCUGCCCUGCCUCCCUCUGCUCGGCCUCCCUCUGCUCUGCCUCCCUCUGCCCUGCCUCCCUCUGCCCUGCCUCCCUCUGCCCUGCCUCCCUCUGCUCUGCCUCCCUCUGCUCUGCCUCCCUCUGCUCUGCCUCCCUUGGCCCAAAGACUUUUUUUUUUCAAUGGAAUCUGCCUCUGA